AUGAGAAAGUACAACCUUUAUUGUUGCGUGUUCGCGACGACAGGGUCUUUGAUUUACGGCUAUGACUCUGGUAUCAUCAGUACUACCCUCGGUCAAAAGACUUUCCCUGCCUAUUUCAACAACCCCUCGGAUAACUUGACUGGUGCCAUCGUCUCAACAUACUCCGGUGGACAAGGUCUCGGUAACUUGGCUGGAGGAUACCUGGGCGACAAACUGGGUCGGAAGAGGACGAUAUGGCUAGCUUCAACUCUGGCUUUGGCUGGUGCUAUCCUCCAGACAGCAGCCGUCAAUAUGCCCAUGUUUCUUGUGGGCAGGAUCAUCGCCGGUUUCGCUAUCGGUCUGGUCUACGCAGUCGCCUCGAUCUACAAUGCAGAAAUCGCACCUCCUAAAAUCCGUGGCGUCAUGGUGGCCAUGCAAACGCUACUGAUCGCUAGUGGCUACGCUUUAUCGAACUGGGUCGGCGUCUUCGGCUCAUUUGCUUCUGGCAACGCCGCCUGGAGAAUUCCUCUGGGUAUUCAGUGUCUUCCCGCGGUUGUCCUUAUCAUUGGCUUGUUCUGGCUACCGGAGAGCCCUAGAUGGCUACUUAUGCAAGGCCGUGAAUCAGAGGCGCAAGCGGUCAUAAUGAAACUACACGAAGAGGCAUCUGGUGACAAGACCUUUGCGGAAAGAGAGUUCAAUCAAAUGAAGCAGCAGAUUGAGUACGAGCAAGAAGUCUCGAUAAAAUCCUGGACUCAACUCUUCUCAAAACCAUCAAACCGUCGACGAUUGCUCUUGGGAGUACUGCUACAAGUCUUCCUUCAAACUACGGGUGUCAACGUUGUGAAUUAUUAUCAGACACAGAUCUUUUCGCAGAUUGGUAUCCAGGGACGCAACGUCCUAUGGGUUUCUGCAGGCUUUGGCAUGGUCGGCGUAAUCUCUACUGCUAUCUGUCUGACAUACAUCGACAAGGUCGGAAGAAAGAAACCACUCACUUACACUUCUAUCGCAUUGACAAUCGACAUGAUUCUACUCAUGGUGUUCACGAAAUACUAUGCCAACAGUACAAACAAAGUCGGACAAGGCUUCACCGUCGCCUGGAUCUUUGUCUUCUCAUUUAUCUUCUCGCUCGGUUUUCAUCCUAUUCAGUUAGUCUACAUCGCAGAAAUCUUUCCAACGGGUCUGAGAUCUCGUGCUACUGCUAGUAAGAAACCCCUUUCGCCGACAGCAAAUGAAGACAUGGCUCACUCCUUGCGAACAGUUUGCGCUUUCAUGGGAACUGGAACUGGUCUCCUGUUCAACCAACUCUCCCCAAAAGCUUUUGCUCAUAUCAGUUGGAGCUACUAUGCCGUUUUCGUUGUGUGCGAUGCUGUUGCGGCUGGAACAUUCUUCCUUAUAUAUCCUGAGACUAAAGGGAAGACUUUGGAAGAGAUUGCCGAGGUUUUCGGCGAUCAUGUCGCCUUUACGGAGUAUGUCGGCGCUGCCGGCAAUGGACCAACAGUAACGCGGAAGGAGGCUAAUCUCGCUGCGGCCGCACACGAGGUCGAGCAUGAUUCUAUUAAGGAGAAAUAG